AGUAGCAGGGCAUAAGUGCGCGAUAUAUUGUGCAACCCGUUUUUGAGAGCCCUGCUCAGCCUUGUUCACUCUCAAUGGCAAAGCUUUGUUGCUCCUGCGCCGAGUACCCGGGGACCGACCGAGUUGCUGCUUACCAACGGAUUACAAGCCAGACCUAGCAGUAUAACACUUCGACCUUGGAAGAUCUCAUGUAAACAUAGAAACAUCAUCACAAACAAUCGCUUCCCGGCAGCUACAACCAUGCAGUUAUCCUUCUUCGAGCGGCUACCCGCUGAACUACGCAAUCUAUGCUACGAGUAUGCACUGUACGAACCCGACGGAGCUAGGAUACGGAACGAGCCAAGUCUGCUGUCUACCUGUAAGGCGAUCCGCGAAGAAGCCGAGCUGAUGUACUAUGCUAUCAACGACUUCGAGGUCAUCAUCCACGAAGAUCAUAUCGACCAUGAUCUGUGCCAAUGGCUCGAGAACAAAGCGGGUCCCCGGCUACGUUCAAUUCGAAGUCUGUCCUUGCAUGUGCAAAUGCCAUGGAUAUCCGCUCAGCCCCCGGACACCUCGAAUGGCUUGCCAGAGGGCGAGGACGAUGAAUAUGGCUCUCUUGGCUGUCUGCACCUGAUGCAUAUCAUGAAAUCACUCAGGACGGCCUCUUUCAAUGAUCGAUCGCUGGAGAAGGUGAUCAGGUUUACGCUCAAUGAUGCGCGGGACGACGAGCAUUUCGACAAGAUCGAACGGAUGUCGACGACGGAUCAGGACCGGUACAGGGGUGCGAAGUUCUUGAUUCUAUCGCUGGUGCACGGAGAGUCGACGACGGUGGAGGCUUUGGAGAGCGAUGACUGCGAGCGGCGGUUAGAGGAGUUGGAUCGUGAGCUUCGGGAAAGACGUGCUGCGGCGUGAUGCGCAGCGCCCGGCUGUGGCAGCCAUGGGAGCUCAUUGGCAAGUCAUAUACUGCGAGAUGCUGCUUCACACCUUGUUAUCAGUCUCGUUGGAUUGUGAUGCGCAGGCGCCCGACAGAUUCCAAUGAUUCUCAAUAACGAAUUCCAGCUGCGCGACUCGUGGCGUGGUAUAGUGUGCCUGCGCAGUACGGACUUCUUUUCUUCACCCUUCAGUGUGCAUCAAUCUCAUCUGUCGGUGCAGUAAGUGUCGGUCUUUCCAUGUGAUGGUCGCCGUUGUGGUCCAAAACUCUGUCGAGGUGAAUGUUUCGUGUUGGUGGUGGGCGGCAAGUGCUUUGGAAGUUGCUACUCACUCCGGCUUGCAAAACUGAACUCCAUCUACGCUCACCAACGCCGUGACCGCACAACAUCCACGCAACUACCAGCGCACUCCGUUCUUCAUCCCACACACCUCGUCUAUAUCAACCUCAUUCGAUCUUCAGCGUCUCCUGAGCUUGCAUCUCCGCAGCCGAUAUGUCUGCCCACCCGAUCGAGCAGAAUGCUGUCGCCCACAGCCUUGAGGAUUCGAGAAUUCAGCCAACACAGGUAAGCAAUAGCAGCCCUCUUCCUCUGACUUCAGCCAUUGGAAGAUAUCUGUCGCCGCCUCGGAGGCAUGUCACGGGCCUUCCGUCAAGUGCGCGCUGCGGUAGCACUUGACCAUCGAGGCACUUCCUGAGUGCCAGCGUCCGCAAUACAUCGAAACGCCUGU